GAGAUGUGUUGUAUGUGAUGGGCCGCAGGGGUGUCGGCGCAAGUGUGGGUAGUGGGUAGGCAGUCACCUCCGUGGUUGACUUCGCUCGUAGCAGUGCGAGCACCGCUCUUCCAUGUGCCUCUGAGGGUGCGGACAUCGCUUUCCGCGCGCGUGCGAGCAAAUUUGUGCACCGGACACCGCGGGAAGGCCCGAAAAAGUGAUCGUGCCAAUCACGGCGCCGGCAGGCUACAGCGCACCGCCACAAUGACGGAAUAUAAACUAGUUGUCGUCGGUGCCGGUGGUGUGGGAAAGAGUGCCUUGACAAUCCAGCUCAUACAGAACCACUUUGUGGAUGAAUAUGACCCAACAAUAGAGGACUCCUACCGGAAGCAGGUGGUGAUCGAUGGAGAAACAUGCCUGUUAGACAUCCUCGACACUGCAGGUCAAGAGGAGUACAGUGCCAUGAGGGACCAGUACAUGCGGACAGGCGAAGGCUUCCUGCUGGUCUUUGCAGUGAACAAUGGCAAGUCGUUCGAGGACAUCAGCAUGUACAGGGAACAGAUCAAGAGGGUUAAAGAUGCGGAUGACGUGCCCAUGGUCUUGGUGGGCAACAAGUGUGACCUGCCAACACGGGCAGUCGACAUGAAGCAAGCAGGAGAAGUUGCACGGAAUUAUGCGAUCCCAUUCAUCGAAACAAGUGCCAAGACCAGAAUGGGAGUCGACGAUGCCUUCUACACGCUUGUUCGUGAAAUUCGCAAAGACCGCGAGUGGAAAGGCAAGGACAAAAAGAGGCAUCGCAAGGAGGGUCGCAAGAAGCGCUGCUUCAUCUUAUAGGACAGGUGGGUGCGUAGCUACCGAGGACAUCGUCAGGACCGUUGUUGCCAUGCCAGCAGGAGGCGAUGGCUUGUUGCAGGAUGCAAACUGUUAUUAAUGUGCAAGGGACGCCUUUGGAUCGCCAGCUUGCAGCAGUCUGGCCACGAUGUGUGCUCUGCCGUGUGUUUCAUGGCGACCCUGUUCUAAUUACGUGUUGUCCACUUUAUGGGCGGUCUAGUAAUUUGAAUGUCUUCAUUCACCAUGUUCAGUUGUACGUUGCCUGCCUCUUGUUAUUAUACCCCUCCUAAUGUGUCCCACCUUUGGAGUCAUGUUUUUGUGGGUUUUUUUUUAUCUUCUCACCUGCCAGAGUACCUCUUUGUGGUGGGUUUCUUAUGUAUCCGGGUUGGUCGCACACCGUUUGGCUGGGGGGCGGGUGAUGUGAUGUUGGCCCUCGUGAUGCAAAGCCCUGCGCCUAGUGCUUCCCAGGUGAUGCCAAGCGACCAACUUCUGGAGUAUGUGCGCUCUGGCCCAUGUAACUGUGACUGUUUGGUCUUGAUUCAUUUUGGUACUUCCCAUAGUGUUUUGUCCAGUAAUGUAGCCAAUCGUUUGUUUGUUACAUUUCCUGCCAAGGUGUGAAGCUGUUGCUCUUGUGGAGCUAAUCAUUCUUGGUGCAAAGCAAAUCGUUGUAUAGCUUGUCUAAGCUUUUUCUUUGAUUCUUUGUCCACACGGUUGCUGCAGUAGCUUUUCAGUCAUGCCUUUUGGUGUAUAAAUGAAAAGGAUGCAUUGGAGUUGCAUGAUGAUUGUCAAUGUUGGUAAGACUCAACAAGCCAAAGCAUGUGAGGGAAGCGAUGCCAACAACUCUCCCGCUUAGUUUGUAUGCUAGUGUCACAAGGCUUUGAAUUUACUGCCCCUCUCUUCAUUGCUGUUGUGCGUCAAUGGCACAGCAAGUAUGGGUUCAUGACAUUUAAAUGUGGCUGUGACACUGUGGUUGUUUCAUGCCAUUGCAUUCGAGUCAUUCAGCACAAGCCUCACUUGUAUAAACUGUUUUUUAACACUA